UUUUCCCAAGAAGAGACAAUGGCUGCUGGGUACCUGCCACUCUGGUUCCAGGAAUCGGUGACCUUGGAGGACGUGGCUGUGGACUUCUCCCAGGAGGAGUGGGCAUUACUGGACCCUGCUCAGAGGGGCCUGCACCAAGAGGUGAUGCUGGAGACCUACAGGAACCUGCUUUUCCUGGAUGGCCUGAAGAGCCAACAUGCAGAUACAGGUUUUGGAGGUGGUCUGUUUUCCCCAGCACACACUCCUCAAGUCACCAGUCUCUCCCCAUGGACAGAGCACUCUCUCUUCCGACCAGUGGAGCCUUUCCACUUGGGGCAAGCAGAAGCCCUGUGGAUGGAGGAAAAAGGAGAUCCCCAAGCGUCCUGUUUAGAUUGGAAGACUAGACUGAAAAACCAAGAGUCAACUUAUAAGAAGAUGCUUUUGGGGGAAGAACCAUCCAGGGGUAUGGCUAUCAUGAGGCUUAGCCAAGAAGACUGGGGAUGUGGCCGAUUUGAGGAAAGCCACAAAGAACCCCGGGAGCUUUUGAAGCAAAUGGUCUCCAUUCAAGUACAGGUAGUGGCUCAGAAGAUGGCGCCUGAAUGGCAUGUAUUUGGGGAAAACAGUCAUCUGAGCUCAGACUUUGUUUUAGCACGGGGAGGCGCUAUAGGAAAACACUUCUGUGACAGUGAGCUAGAUACUGAGAGCUUGGCAUCCGAUUCAAUCUUAAACCACCAUCUGGGAGGAUGUGCAUAUCAGAGAACCUGUCAGAGUAACGAAUGUGGGAACACUCUCAGCCAAAACAACCACCGUAUUCAACACGAAAUCACUCCAGCGAGUGGGGAAACUUUUGUGUAUGUGGAAAACGAGAAAUCAUUGAAUCCUGGCAUGGCUCUUACCAUAAACAACAAAAUUAAUCCAGCUGAGAAACCCUUUGAAUGUCACCAGUGUGGGAAGGUGUUUAACCGAAGACAUUCUUUGAGUGAACAUCAGAGAAUUCAUACAGGAGAGAAACCCUAUGGGUGUCAGGAGUGUGGGCGAGCCUUCACACACAACUCGACGUUGACACGCCAUCUGAGGACUCAUACUGGAGAGAAGCCCUACACAUGUAGUGAGUGCGGGAAAGCCUUCAACAGGAUUUCCUCUCUGACGCAACACCAGAGGAUUCACACCGGCGAAAAGCCCUAUAGGUGUGAAGACUGCGGGAAAUCCUUCUGCCAGAGUUCUUACCUGAUUUUGCACAAGAGAACGCACACCGGUGAGAAGCCCUAUGAAUGUAGUGAGUGUGGGAAAGCCUUCAGUGACCGUUCCUCUCUCAACCAGCAUGAGCGGACUCACACCGGAGAGAACCCCUAUGAGUGUCAUCAGUGUAGAAGAGCCUUCAGCCAGAGGUCCUCCCUCGUGAGGCAUGAGAGAACUCACACUGGAGAGAAGCCGUAUGGGUGUACAGAGUGUGGGAAAACCUUCAGUCAGAGCUCCUCCCUUGUCACACACCAGAAAACUCACACCAGCCAGAAAACCUAUAAGAUAAUUGACUGUGGGAAAGCAUUCUUUCAGAACAGACAGCUUCCAGCAAGCGAGAUGCCGGUGGCCGUGGGCCCCUACGGACAGUCCCAGCCUAGCUGCUUCGACCGCGUGAAGAUGGGCUUUGUGAUGGGUUGCGCCGUGGGCAUGGCGGCCAGGGCAUUCUUCGGCACCUUUUCCUGUCUCAGGAUCGGAAUGCGGGGUCGGGAGCUGAUGGGCGGCAUUGGGAAAACCAUGAUGCAGAGUGGCGGCACCUUUGGCACAUUCAUGGAUGCUGUGGUGUUUGCGGAUGUGGCUGUGGACUUCACCCUGGAGGAGUGGUCUCUGCUGGAUUCUGCCCAGAGGAACCUCUACAGAGAUGUGAUGUUGGAAACCUUCCAGAACCUGGCCUCCAUAGGUGAGAGCGACAUCGUUCCUUCACUCAGUGAUUUAAAGAACAGAUAUUUCCUACACAUCAAACCUGUUCCAAGACUUGGAAUGCGGAUGAUGCAACUCAAUUUAAAGUCAGCAGGAAAAUUUUGGGAAGACCUUAACAUUGAAAGUCAACACACAAACCAGGGGCAAAAUCUGAGAAACUAUAUGGUGGAGAGACUCUAUGAAAGCAGUGGUGAAUGUGGAGAAGUCUUCAGCCAGAUUCCAAAUCUUAAUCUGUGCAAGGAAAUUCUCGCUGGAGGAAAACAAUGUGAACACCACGCGUAUGAAAAAGUCUUCAUGCCUCACUCGUCCCUCAAGAGCCACAUGACAGUUCACACUGGACAUAAACCGUAUCCGUGCCAGGAAUGUGGGCAGGUCUACAGUUGUCGUUCACACCUGAGAACUCAUAUGAGAACCCAUAAAGGAGAGAGACCUUAUGCGUGUGAGUUAUGCGGGAAGACCUUUCCUCGGACUUAUUCCCUCAACCGUCAUAUAAGGAUUCACACUGCGGAGAAAACCUACGAAUGUAAGCAAUGUGGGAAAGCGUUCAUUGAUUUUUCAAGUCUCACUAGUCACCUAAGAAGUCACACUGGAGAGAAGCCAUAUAAAUGUAAGGAAUGUGGGAAAGCUUUUAGUUACUCCUCAACUUUUCGAAGACAUAUGAUCACACACACUGGAGAGAAGCCCUACAAAUGUAGGGAAUGCGGGGAAGCCUUCAGUUAUUCCUCAACUUUCCGAAGACACAUGAUAUCACACACUGGAGAGAAGCCACAUAAAUGUAAGGAAUGUGGGGAAGCCUUCAGUUACUCCUCAGCUUUCCGAAGACACAUGAUAGCACACACUGGAGAGAAGCCCUACAAAUGCAAACAAUGUGGGAAAACCUUCAUUUAUCUUCAGUCCUUUCGAAGACAUGAAAGGAUUCACACUGGCGAGAAACCUUACGAAUGCAAGCAGUGUGGGAAAAGCUUCAUUUAUCCGCAGUCCUUUCGAAGACAUGAAAGAACUCACGGUGGAGCGAAACCCUAUGAGUGUAACCAGUGUGGGAAGACAUUCGGUCAUCCUUCAUCCUUUCGAGGCCACCUGAGAGUGCACACUGGAGAGAAGCCCUAUGAGUGCAAGCAAUGUGGGAAAACUUUUAACUGGCCCAUCUCUUUACGAAAACAUAUGAGAACACAUACUAGAGAGAAACCGUACGAAUGUAUUCAGUGUGGGAAAGCCUUCAGUUUGUCUGCUUGCUUUCGAGAACAUGUGCGAAUGCAUCCUGAAAACAAGUCCUAUGAAUGCAAGCUAUGUGGGAAAGCUUUCUAUUGCCACAUAUCCUUGCAGAAACACAUGAGAAGGCACACCGCAGAGAAACUCUAUGAAUGCAAGCAGUGUGGGAAAACUUUCAGUUGGCCUGAGCUUUUGCAACAACACGUGAGAACACACACUGUGGAGAAACCCUACGAAUGUAAGGAAUGUGGGAAAGUCUUCAAAUGGCCGUCAUCUUUACCGAUACAUAUGAGACUGCACACUGGAGAGAAGCCUUAUAAAUGUAAGCAUUGUGGGAAAGCAUUUAACUGUUCCUCAUCCUUAAGAAGACAUGUGAGAAUACAUACAGAAAAACACUGUGAGUGUAAUGCACAACAUCCUCCAGCAAAUGAGCUCUUGUACAAUGCUUCAGAAAUCUCACACCAGGAGAGAGAUCUUCUGAAAGUUGUAACUAUGGUAUUGCCUUUAUGAAUGCCUCACCCUUAAACACAUAAGGACACACAAGGAGUAUAUUUAUAGUUCAUUUGCCAUAAAUAUUUAAGUGAAAAAUCUCUAAGUACUCUUAGGCAUGCUACAUAUGUUUUGACAGAUCUCUUUAAAAAUAUUCAGAGCUGGGCUCGGUGGCU